AUGAGCGCCGAGGAAAGCGAGCAGGUCAUCAUUGAUACCCACCACACUACAAUCCACACUCUGAGCAAGCAAGAUGAGGACAGGCGGCUGCGCUACAUGAAGAAAGAUGGCAGGCUCCCUGUGGUUUUCCAGAACCAUAGGGGACACUGGAGCCCAUACCUGAUGGACAUCUUCACCACUCUGGUGGAGAUCCGCUGGAGGGUGAUGCUCCUCGUCUUUUCCCUCUCCUACAUUCUCUCUUGGUUGUUUUUCGGGUUGUGUUACUGGCUCAUUGCGUACGUGCACGGGGACGUUGACGAUGUGGAUCAAGAACCCUGCGUGUACAACGUCCAUGGCUUUACUGCAGCCUUCCUGUUCUCAAUGGAGACCCAGGCGACUAUUGGCUACGGCUUCAGGGGGAUGAGUGAGAACUGCAUGGUGGCCAUUAUUGUGGUGACGGUUCAAGAUGUAUUAAGCUGUCUCCUUGACACCAUCGUCAUUGGUAUCGUUAUUACAAAAAUGGCAUCUGCUCGUAAGAGAGCUCAGACGGUGGGUUUCAGCAGCUGUGCAGUGGUCAACCUGCGAGACGGGGUUCUGUGUCUGUCAUGGCGACUUGGGGACUUCAGGGGAAAUCACAUCCUAGAGGGUGUCGUCAAGGCCAUGUUAGUCCGUUAUGUCAAACAGCCACAUGGAUCUAUUGUGAUGUCAUACCAAGACCUGCACAUCCAGAACCGAGACCUUGUCCUCGCCACGCCAGCCACCAUCAUCCAUAAGAUAGAGCCUGGCAGUCCCCUCUACAGCCUGGGCCCCGAUGACCUGCUGGGGGACGACUUUGAGCUGGUGGUGUCUUUCACCUACACCGGUGACUCUACAGGCAUGCUGCACCAGACUCGUAUCUCCUACACUCCUGCGGACAUCCGCUGGGGCCAGCGCUUCCAGGACAUGCUGAAACUAGGCAAGAGGCACUACAAGGUGGACUACGCUCUCUUCAAUGUGACCAUGUGGGUGCCGGUGCCCCUGAUCAGUGCAGAAGAGUUUGAAAGGACGAGCCGUCCUGUUGAGGGCAGUCAGACCAGUGGUCCCCUCGUUGAAGUCAAGAGAAAUGGACACACUUGCAAAAUUAUACCUGACAUCAUUGAAGAGGUGACGCAGCAAACCUUUUUGUAGGGUAAUAUCAUAGACUGUAUAUAAAUAAUGGACUUAGUCACCGUGACAUCACCCAUUAGUUUGUGGACUGCCCGUUGGCAGCAUCAAGUUCAGCGUUACACUAGUCGCCAUCUUGUGUCGCCAUCUUGUUUACGAGACGGGGAGCAGACCAUAUUUGGACUGUGGAGGAGCGAGAGGGAUCUGAUCACUGACUACAGCCUCUCUACACCUCAACCUGACUGAGAGAAGUCACUGCUAAUUCAUGUUAGCAUUAACUGGAGCAUUAACUAGGAUGUUCAUUUUGGCUAGCAAAAAACAAAAACAAAAUGUAUGUUACUUACCUCAGAAAAAUGAAAAGCAACUCCUUUGAGUGUCUAUUAGUCCAACAUUUUUAAUGAAGAAAA